CGGGGAUUUACGCACCAAAGCCACUGGGCAUGGCCUUGGUCUCAGCUGUUUUUGUGUUCAAUAAUUAAUAUAAAAAACAACUGUGUGGAAUAUUAACUUCCUUAAGGUCGAUGGACCAUAUAAAUACAACAGUGAACUUCUCGGUAGAAUUACAAACUUCACCGAAUUUCCUCAAGGUGCUCAGAUUCAGAAGGAACAAAUAUUCUCACAGAGAUAUCUUUCUCCAGUUCGGAAAUGACCGGAUUAUCUCUUUGUUUCACGUAUGCUUUGGCAGUUUUUGCUCUCGCAACACCUGCACAGACCUCCCCAGUUAUUGGACCGGAACCUAUCCGCUGCGCAACUUGCACUCCAGAAGAACUCGGUCAAUGUCCUGCAGUGCCCGCAAACUGCCGUGUGGUGCUUAAGGAACCGGGCUGCGGAUGCUGCCUUGCUUGCGCUCUGGAGAAAGGAGAUUCCUGUGGUGUCUACACAGCACACUGUGCAACUGGCCUGCACUGCUCUCCGAGACCUGGAGACCCAAGACCUAUCCACUCAUUAACCAGAGGACACGGAACCUGCACAGAGCUGGAGGAGGGUGAGGACGAGGGUACAGACCACGGGUCCCUUCAUCACCUUCUGGAUCUGAACAAGCCACUUAAUCCCAUGGAGGCCCAGGAGAGCUUGAAGGCAAGAGUGAAUGCUAUCCAAAACAAACUCCAUGGCCAAAUGGGACCAUGCCAUACUGAACUGCAUGCAGCUUUGGCUAUGAUUGUCACAUCCCAGCAGAAACUCGGAGAGAAAUUCACAAGCUUCUACCUCCCCAACUGUGACAAGCAUGGCUUUUACAAAGCCAAGCAGUGUGAGACAUCUCUGGUGGGACAGAGUGCCCGCUGCUGGUGUGUGUCUUCCUGGAAUGGCAAACAGAUUCAGGGAUCCAGUGAUAUCCCUGGAGAUGCUCAGUGUCAUCAGGAAGCCACUCACUAAAGACAUACUCAAAGCCUGACACACACACACACACACAUGAGCUCUGAUACACACAUACACACACACACACACACACACACACACACACACACACACACAUACACACAUACACACAUACACACACACACACUUUUAAAGUAUUCUCAUUAUAUCACGUCUUAUUUAUUCCAAAUGUAUAUGUGGAGAGUAAUGUACCAACCACUGGUGAUUUGUUCAUGACUAUUUAUAUAUUUGCCUAUUUUUAUUGUAAAUAGGAAAACACUAUGUAUUUGUAUCCGACUAAACAACUCCAUCUGCAAAGACCACACACCUCCAAGUUCAGUCAAGCCUAUUUCAGGGUCCUUGGGAUCUGUUUUUGAGUCUCUCAAAUAUUGGAUCCUUGCACUGUGGAACUUCACAAUUAAUAUAGCUCUGUAUAUUUUGUUGGUUUCUGUUAAUGAUUUAUCAUAUUUCAUGUCAAUAUGUACGGUCAUUUCCAAUUUUUUGCAUGGGAAAAGCUACUGCUACAAAUGCCAUCAGAGAUGCAACACAAAUGCUUUGUCAGUUAUAUUUUAUUUCAUGUAAACACAUGUGCUCAGGGUGCUCUGGCUGAAUGUUACUGCAUGUUUUGGGGCCAUAGGUGGAUAGAUCCAACAAGCCCCUAACUCCACAAACUGCUGCUCAUUUCCCUCUCUCUCCAUGGUUGGUCCCUUUCUCUUUUUUUCUUGGUUAAUCAGUUGUGCAGCCAUGCGCUGGGAGGCACUGGGUGUACAUCUACAUUAUUGUGUCAGCAAGCCUGUGAUAAAGUUGUAUGAUGAAUGUGCCCACCCAAGGUGAUGCAUGACCUUUUCUAAGGCUCAGCCGCGUGGGGUUUCAUUGCUGGACAAUUCAAUUCAAACAGUCUACUGUCAAGCCACUGUCUUUGGGAAAAAGUCUUUCACAAAUGUAGAUAAUGUGUUGUUUUUAUUUUACCGGAGUGAAGCUGACUUGAUGCAUGAAGGACCGUACUUGUGUCCAUGCUGCUGCUGUCGCCCUGUACACGUGUAACUAAAGUCCCUCCUCAUUAGUAUGGAUGGGUGCUGCUACUAUGUCCUGGUUAAUGUUGGUUCAUCUGUUUUGGGUUCAGUUGUUGAGUUCACUGAAAUGUAAGUAAAUAUAUAUAUAUAUUCUUUCAAUAAACUGUGUUACAGUUAA